AUGCUGAACGCGAUGCUCCGGAGCCGUGCGGAGGGCACGGCUCUGAAAUCACUGGGCUCGUUACCACCUCGAAUGCAUGCCUCAAAGGCAUUUACAGCGCCAAGACUGUCGCUAUCACGCUCGAUACACACUCCUCGUCGCCGACCAGCCCCCCGAUGCACCUUGGCACAGGUACUGCUGGGCUCAGUGCCCAUCCGGUUCAAGUCUGAGCUCGCUGCCAAGAUUGUACCUGCACGGCAAUCUGCCCUUCUGGGGGCUGCGUACAAGGUUUUUACGUGGUGUGGCUUUCUAAUCAUCUCCGGUGGUGCUAUGGUCGUCGCCUUCUUUAUCUACGAUGCUAGUACAUAUCAAGAAUCGUCAACUGCGACCGAUAUCCCUGUUUCGGAAUUGGCGCUUAACCCUCGAAUCGGAGGCCCAAAGAACUUGCCUAUUGCCGAUUACCUUGUUGGUGACUAUGACUCGGAAACAAUGCUGGAGCAGAAGGACAAGCCGCGUCUUGUCAUCCUUGGCACGGGCUGGGGUAGCGUUGCGCUUCUCAAGAACUUGAACCAUGCCGAUUACCACGUUACUGUUGUAUCGCCCACCAACUACUUCUUGUUUACUCCUAUGCUGCCUUCUGCCACUGUGGGCACUCUGGGUCUCCGCUCGCUGGUGGAGCCUGUUCGACGUAUCAUUGAGCGGGUCAAUGGACACUUCCUCAAGGCAUCGGCUACCGAUGUUGAUUUCUCUGCGAAAUUGGUGGAGGUUUCUCAGGUUGAUAAGGAUGGAGUUAGAAAGAACUUCUAUCUGCCUUAUGACAAACUUGUUAUCGGUGUUGGUUGUGUAACCAACCCGCAUGGUGUCAAGGGCCUGGAGCAUUGCAACUUCCUUAAGACAAUUGACGAUGCUCGUCGCAUCAAGAACCAGGUGCUGGAGAACAUGGAGCAGGCUUGUCUUCCUACCACCACCGACGACGAGCGCAAACGUUUGUUGUCCUUUGUCAUUUGUGGUGGUGGCCCAACAGGCGUCGAAUUUGCUGCUGAGCUGUUUGAUCUUCUGAAUGAAGACUUACUUCGCUCUUUCCCUCGCAUUGUUCGCAACGAGAUUUCCGUUCACAUUAUCCAGAGCCGAACCCAUAUCUUGAACACCUACGAUGAGGCACUCUCCAAAUAUGCUGAGGGCCGAUUUACUCGUGACGGUGUCGAGGUGUUGACCAACGCUCGCGUCAAGGAGGUUCGCAAUGACCGAGUCCUGUUCUCUCAGGUCGAAGACGGCAAGACCAUUGUCAAGGAAAUUCCAACUGCUUUCUGCCUUUGGUCUACUGGCGUGGCUCGAGCUGAGAUUUCAGAGACACUCUCCAACAAGCUGGAGGGUCAGAACAACAAGCACGCCCUGGAGACCGACUCUCAUCUCCGUGUGAUUGGCGCUCCCCUGGGUGACGUCUACGCCAUCGGUGACUGCUCAACAGUGCAGAACAACGUUGCAGACAACAUCAUCCGGUUCCUCCGCACCAUCGCCUGGGAGAAGGGUCGCGACCCCGAAAAGGUCCACCUCACCUUCUCCGAAUGGACUGAAUUUGCCACUCGAGUGAAGAGACGCUUCCCCCAAGCGACCAACCAUCUCCGCCGCCUGGACCUCCUCUUCGAGCAGUAUGACAAGGACCACUCCGGUACCCUCGACUACGGCGAGCUCUCUGAGCUCUUGCACCAGAUUGACACCAAGCUUACUUCCCUGCCUGCCACUGCCCAGCGCGCCAACCAGCAGGGUGUCUACCUCGGCCGCAAGCUGACCAAGAUUGCUGCGGCUCUCCCUGGCCUCAGGGCGAACGAAAUCGACUACGGUGACCUCGACGAGGCUGUCUACAAGGCCUUCCGCUACAGACAUCUUGGGAGCUUGGCUUACAUCAGUAACGCAGCCAUCUUCGACUUUGGUGGUAUGAGCUUCAGCGGUGGUGUCAUUGCUAUGUACCUCUGGCGUAGUAUCUACUUUGCGGAGAGUGUGAGCUUCCGUACCCGGUGUAUGUUGGCCAUGGACUGGGCCAAAAGAGCUCUUUUCGGAAGAGAUCUCAUGAGCUUCUAA